AACAACAAUAAUUGUAGAUUACUUUAUCGAUGGAGUAAGUCAAAGUAAUGGAAUAAAGUAUGUUUACUAAAUGUUCGAAAUUAAUAUGAUAAAACAUGGAUAAAAUGUUGACUAAGAAUGUAUGUGUAUAUAUAUAUAUAUACAGAGAAUGAUGAUGAUUGAAGAAGAUGGUUAAGUUAGAACUUGGGUUCCAAGGAACUCUCUUGGCAAAUUCAACGCAGCUAUGCCAACACCAGCAAGCAACGGCCAUGCCUCUCGCGUCCAGAUUCAAGAACCAAGAACAAGAUCUCCCCUUCCUCCUCCUUCUCCAAUCGCCUUCAAGGAACAAGGUAGACCACCACCCGCCGCACAACAAACAAUAACCGGAAAACUCUUUAGAAGUCUCUUCAAGGGUCUUCUCUUCUCACAACUAACCUUAAUCUCACUUUUGGUGAUCGUUCUCACCAUUCGCGGUCUCAUCUUAGCAAGUUCACACCAAUUCCUCCCCAAAAAAUGGUACCCUCCUUUGCUAGCAUCUGUAGCUGUCUCAGGAGUUGCAUCUUUAGCCUGGCAAUGCAUCUUUAUCUACAAUCGGUCACGAGCAAUCAAAGCAACGUUCUGGCUUAGCCCAAUACUCACCUGCUCGGUCGGUAUCUUGCUUGUUCUGAUUGGCUCCGCGGUAGAUGCAGGGAUCGGUGCCGUUUUUGUGCUUUUCGCCGUUACGCAGUCUCUGUAUGGUUGCUGGAUCACUCCGAGGCUUGAAUACACCGACAAAAUACUAUCGCUUUCCACAGCUUUUCCACCUGCAAGAACCAGAGAGGUUGUCAGUUUGUCAGUCGUUAUAAGCGUCGUUUACUCUGCUUUCUUGGUGACUGGAAUCGGAGGUGCAACUUCCACAAGAACAAAUAUUGAUCUCUUGUUCAUAUCCGUAAUCUUGAUAAGUUUAUCAUGGACAAUGCAAGUUCUCAAGAACGUACAACAAGUUGCGAUCUCGAGGGCGAGAUAUGUAAACUUUGCACAUGGAGAAGACAUGGACGCUUGGGGUGCUUUCCGAGUCACUGUGAGACACUUGAUCGGGAGCGUCUGCAUUGGCUCGACGCUUGUUCCAAUCAUCGUACUCAUCAGAGGAUCAAUCAGAAGCGUUAAUCUAAUGUCAGGGAGCAGCGACGAGGUCAUGUAUUCAGGUGCAGAUUGCUUCUCGGCCAUCGCCAACAAGCUGAUAACAUGUGGAAACAGAUGGGGCUUUGUGCAUGUGGGAACCUAUGAUAAAGGGUUCGUGGAGGCUUCGAGUGAUACCUGGAAGAAGCUGAGAAGUACAGUUGGGUUAGAGAAACUGAUAGAUUCGGAUCUCACAAGCUCCAUAUGUUUCCUCAGUGCGGUUUCUGUAGGAGCAGUGUCUUCACUGACUGCAGGAAUAUGGGUGUUGUUGAUCCACAAGGAAUAUGCCCUGGAAGUGACUCUAUAUGCUUUCAUAAUUGGAUAUUUCGUGGGAAGGGUAGCUUUGGCGUGGCUACAAGGGUGUGUAUUGGCUUACUAUGUAGCUUAUUCUGAAGAUCCUCAGAGCAUGCGUUUUGACGGUACAAUCCCAGAUCGUAUCCAGCGUCUUCAAAUGUUAAGUGCUCACCGAGAUAACAGGGAGCUUGAGGUUGGUCGAGAGAGACAAGAUAGUGAUUACUGUUGAGGCUCUAGGAGGGUCGCUACAAACAUGUAAAGCAAAACAGGAGCAUUAGUACUAUAUAUGUUCUUUUGUCCAGCUUAUUAGAUUCUAUUGAUAGGAAAUUCUAGAUUCAACGUGCUUAUAUGCCAAAACUCCAGUUAAAGAAUGAAUGUGCAUAAAAGUCUGGAAAGUUCACAGGAGAAAAAGUUCAUCAGAGACUCAGAGUUUGUAAAAAGUUUGCAUAAACAUGACUAUGUAAGAUGCACAAUGUAAUAUGCACCUAAAGCUUCACAGCGAGUAACCAAAAAUACACUAGACUGCUUCUUUGCCUGUCAAGCAUAAUCAGUCGAAGAACUUAGCAACAACCAUAUAGCAUUUAUACUCUAUAAACAAAAUGAUGCACACUCUCGGAAAUGAUCUUGAGUUAUAUACAAUCAAAUCAACUGCAGCAAAGAAAAACUAAUAUAUGCAGAGUAGUAU